AUGGAGCCUGCUUACCUCAGUGCCGAUGUUCGCGCGGCUCACUUUGUAGAGUUCUGUACGAAGGGCCUUUCAGCUUUUUACUUACCAGAUUAUGUCGACUUAAGCGUACGCAAGUUCUCCACAGGACAGGAGCAUCUCAUUCCAACGGCCGUAACAAGAGGGCCUUCACAUGCUCAUCAAACAGGCGCUCAUGCAGACGCUGAUACAAAGGACCCAGCAGGACUUACUAGCAGAGCCUUUACAGGGGCAUCUUUCGGGCCUCCUUUUAGUCCGUUGUUUGAUGAAGGCCAAAGCAUUUCAGCCUCUGUGAGCCGUGGGUCUCUGGCUCGCCUGGCUGCUGCUAUUCGCUCUGGUCAGCUGGGAGGUUUCUGUGGGGUGAUAGACCUUGCAGGAAAUGCCAUAUCUGAUGGGGACUUCUUGGAGCUGUUCCAGGCAGUGAAAUGUAGCGAAUGUAUUACCGGUUUGGGGCUUAGGGACACUCUCAUAGGAGACGCCUCAGCCCCUCAUUUGGCUGCCAUUCUCACUGCCCGGCCAUCCUUCAUGUUCCUCGAUGUAGCAGGAACCAGGCUGUCGGAAACUGGGGUAAUCCAGAUCUGCCAGGCAACGAGAGAGCACUGCGCAGUACGCCAACUCGCCCUCCCCAGGCUGCGGCAAAGAGGCCUCUCUGCUGCAAUAACCGUCGCGAGACAGUGUGUGGCUCUGGAAAUUUUGGAAUUAAGCAUAUACAAUAGCGCGGAGCCCUUGGGGCCCCCAGGCGCCCCAGGGGCCCCUCGGGCCCUCGUAGAGCCGAAGGAAUCUACCUCAAGUGGUGCUUUGACUAACAAGAAAAAGCGGAAACAUAAACAGCGCAUGCAUAUACCAACUGAAGAAGAAGAUGAUGCAUGCAGCCUAAAUGGCAGCGAGCUGCACUGCUUCAAAGGAUCUGAUCUCACUGAGGCUCUCACAUACAACCCGGAAAGGUCCUUGGGACAUGACUCCAGACCUGUGGAGAACCUGAUCCAAGAAAGAUACGUCCAGGCAAUUAGAGGGCUGCUCUUAGAGCUAUUUAAGGUGUUCGAAAAGCAAACGAAGAUAAAGAAUAUCGUCGUUGACGGGGCUGGAGACGAUCCCAGCCUGCGCCACAUUGGCCUGGCCUUCAAACAGCUAGCUAGUGAAAGGCAGCUCGCUGAGGAAAGAGACAUAGCUGAGAAGCAGCAACUAGCUACCCACUCGGAAGAAAACAUGAAUUUUAGGGGCCUCAGAGGAGUGCCUCCCGUGUGCCUGCGAGUUUACUUCUGUACUGUAUUGGAGCAGCGGCUGAUGAGCGCGUUGCUGCUGCUCGCAGCGGCAAAGAAAGAGCUUCCUGCCGCUGUUGACAGCAGCAGGAAAGAAAUGGCUUUCCUAGCCAACGCCCUGUUCGAUAGUUAA